GUUGAGACAGAUGGCGAGUAUUGUGCGUUUAUAUCUUUUUUUUCUAUAUCUGGAUCAGAUAUGCUCACCGACUUGUUAGUACACUACAAAGAAGUGGUCCAUGGCGGUUUAACAUAUACCAAUGUUCUGAUGAGCGCCGAUGGGAAGCUCUAUCUUGCAGACUUCAGUCUCUCAAUGAUCCUUUUAGUAGCACAAAGCUCCAACUUCAAUUCGUGCCAUACAGGAAAUGUGCGGUACAUGGCGCCUGAGAUACUUGGUUUACCCGGGGAAGGGAGAGUGGUCGUGCCAACCAAAGCUGCCAAUGUUUACUCAUGUGGUUGCAUCAUGCUUCAGCUGUUGUGUGGACGUGUACCUUACCUCUGGCUAACCCAAGCGUGCCACAUCACUGCGGCAAGAAUCGCGGGAAUAGAACUUCCGUUAAUUCUCUGAUAUCGAAGGCGUACACAAGGAGUUUUCGUUCAAAUGCAUAUCUGUCAAAUUCGGAGAUCGAUCAGUGGCUUCUGCGAUUGCAGAGUUCUUAGGAGUAGAGUAACAACAACAUGAAUGCACUGCAUCAGUGAAUACCUGAGUCCUCGUUAUUGUAGCUGUGAGAAUUAUUUUACUGCCAAAGAAUGCAUACUAUACGAAAUUUGAUCUGUUCGUAGUAGCUAGUCAUAUCAUGAAAUCCAAUAUCGUCC